AUGAGUUCAGAGAAAACAGGAAACGAAAGCAGCGUGACUGCCGCUUCAGAUUCCACGCACCAGCAACAGCAACAGCCACAAGAAUUGAACCAGGCCGACCUUGCAAAGAUCCAGGAUAUAACGCAAAAGAUCCUCAACCCCAAUGGCGAACACCCGCAGGUCAACGACUAUAUCCAAUCUACUUUCUCGUACAUUGGCAACGCGUUGAAGAAGAUGCAGGAGACGGACGACAAACAGGCUACGGCCAAGGAGAUUGCCGACGACUUGACGCAGAAGUUUGAGCAGUGGGCGGCGCAGAAGAAGCAAGAGGCCGAGCAGAAACGCGCUGAGACAAAGACUGAAUCCACCGAAGAGAAGAAAUAA